UUACAAUCUGCCUAAUUGGCCAUAUUCUGAUAUUCCUCUUAUAGGUUGGUAGUCCAACCUUCAAACAAAUCAUUCAUUUUUCUUGUUUGGUAAGCCAAUUAGCCAAAGGCCAAACACAACACAAUCUUCAAUUUUCUUCUGCUUCAGCUUCUGUUUCAGAUAACAAUCCUGCCAGCUGCGUUUUUAACCAAAGCCAUGCAAAUAGACCUGAAUGAGCUUAACAAGGUCUGGGAAGUUAAGCCUCUCAAGACGACUGGUGUAAAUGAGGCUCGGAAAAUUCUGGAGAAUGUGGCAACACAGGUGCUGCCAAUCAUGCGUAACCGUAAAUUGAAAGUUCGGACCCUUUCUGAAUUCAGCCCAUCUAAUCCAUCCCACAUGGGAUUGAACAUAGAUGGAGGUGCAGAGAUUAAGAUACGGUUACGGAGGCCAGAAAAACAGUGGGAUUUUUUCCCUGAUGAAGAAAUUAUUGAUACUAUGCUGCAUGAGCUUUGCCACAACAAACAUGGUCCCCAUAAUGCUGAUUUCUACAAACUCUUGGAUGAACUUAAACAGGAGUAUGAAGAGCUAAUGGCAAAAGGAGUUAAAGGCAUUGGAAUGGAACUUGAUCUAUCAGAAAAACCUAUGGGUGGAUCCUCACAACCUGGUCCUUUGCCUUUUCUCCAUCAAAAAGCAUUGAAACCUGCUGAAAGAAGAGCAAAUCGAGGAACUUUGCUGCCAUCAGGAACGGGGAACACAGGUGGUGAUUCUAGUAAGGCUAACCUCAACCCAGUUCAAGCUGCUGCCAUUGUUGCAGAAAGAAGACGUCGUGAUGAAUUAUGGUGUGGGACCAAAUCCUUGGAGACCCAUGGACAGGAAACAAGUAAUAAUGCAUCCUCCUCAAUGGAAUCUCGAAAUCCCAUCUCGAGUACUCUACAAUCUCGAAAUCCCAUCUCGAGCCUACAAUCUCGAAAUAUCAUAUCAAGUCUGCAAUCUCUGCCACAAAGUCAGGAAACAUGGCAAUGCUCUGUCUGUACAUUGAUCAAUGAGCAACUAGCGCUUGCAUGUGAAGCAUGCGAAACACCAAGAAUCAAGGAAGAAAGUCCGAGUUUCAGCACCUGGUCGUGUAAAUUCUGUACCCUGAUCAACGACAGUGAACUACAAAGAUGUUCAGCUUGUGAAGAAUUGAGAUAAUCAUAUAUGGUCACACACCUCAGGUUGGCACUUGAUAUGUCUCUCACAGAAAAAGUUAUACUUCUACAUACAGAAAACUGAUAAAGUAUCCUUUGUACAUAACCAAUUUGUAAGGCUAUUUGCUUAUACUUCCUCCGUCUUUUAAUACUCGCAACGUUUGUUAGUUUCA